AUGUCAUUCGGACUGUUUUCUACUGAGGAAAUAAGAAAAUUGAGUGUGAAAUUGAUCUCAAGCUCCAAAUUCCUUGAUAAUGUUGGAAACAUGGCUCCGAACAGCCUCUACGACCUGGCCCUGGGUCCAUCUGACAGCAAAGAGGUGUGUGCCACGUGUUGCCAGGACUUUAACAGUUGUCCCGGUCACUUCGGUCACGUGGAGCUGCCUCUGCCGGUCUUCAACCCGCUCUUCUUCGAUAAACUGUUCCUCUUGAUCCGAGGCUCGUGUUUAAAGUGUCACCUUCUGACGUGUCCUCGAGCGGCCAUUCACCUCCUCAUCAAACAGCUGCAGCUGCUGGACCACGGCUUAUGGCAGGAGAUCCACCAAAUCCAACAAGUCCUCAGAACGUUUGUGGAAGGUAAUCCCAAAGCCUCUGGAGACGACAUCGAGAAAGCUUUAACAGAGUUCACGGAUCAGCUCCUGAGCGGGCAGCCGGACCGGGCCGUCAGACCGAUCAAACACGUUGUUCACACAAAAAACAGACUCAUCAACGACUUCUGGAAAAACCACAUUAAAUCCAGACAGUGUCAAGAAUGCAAGAGUGGGAAGUUUACAAUCCGUCGUGAACACAACAGUAAACUCAUCAUCAACCUCCCGGCGGGACAGUCCCUAGACAAGAGCACUGAGGACAUUCUUGGCGGACGGAGAUCCUUCCUGACGGCGAGUAUGGCCCGCGAACACAUCUCUCUGCUAUGGGAGAAAGAAGGUUUUUUCUUGAAGCACUUGUUUUCUGGAACCGACAGCUCCAGCGACAUCUCCCCGGACGUGUUCUUCUUGGAUCUGCUCCUGGUCCCUCCCUGCAGAUUCCGUCCAAUCAAUCGCCUCGGAGACCAGAUGUUUACGAACGGGCAGACGGUGAACAUGCAAGCGGUGAUGAAGGAGUGCGAGACAGUCAGGAAGCUGCUGGCCAUUAUCGCAGGGAAGAAGAUCCAGGAGCAAGUGGAGCAAGUGGUACGACCCAAACUACACACUGUACAGGAGCAAGUGGUACGACCCAAACUACACACUACAGGAGCAAGUGGUACGACCCAAACUACACACUACAGGAGCAAGUGGUACGACCCAAACUACACACUGUACAGGAGCAAGUGGUACGACCCAAACUACACACUGUACAGGAGCAAGUGGUACGACCCAAACUACACACUACAGGAGCAAGUGGUACGACCCAAACUACACACUGUACAGGAGCAAGUGGUACGACCCAAACUACACACUGUACAGGAGCAAGUGGUACGACCCAAACCACACACUGUACAGGAGCAAGUGGUACGACCCAAACUACACACUACAGGAGCAAGUGGUACGACCCAAACUACACACUGUACAGGAGCAAGUGGUACGACCCAAACCACACACUGUACAGGAGCAAGUGGUACGACCCAAAAUACACACUACAGGAGCAAGUGGUACGACCCAAACUACACACUGUACAGGAGCAAGUGGUACGACCCAAACUACACACUGUACAGGAGCAAGUGGUACGACCCAAACUACACACUGUACAGGAGCAAGUGGUACGACCCAAACCACACACUGUACUGGAGUAAGUGGUACGACCCAAACUACACACUGUACAGGAGCAAGUGGUACGACCCAAACUACACACUACAGGAGCAAGUGGUACGACCCAAACUACACACUGUACAGGAGCAAGUGGUACGACCCAAACUACACACUGUACAGGAGCAAGUGGUACGACCCAAACCCACACUAUACAGGAGCAAGUGGUACGACCCAAACCACACACUGUACUGGAGCAAGUGGUACGACCCAAACCACACACUGUACAGGAGCAAGUGGAGCAAGUGGUACGACCCAAACUACACACUGUACAGGAGCAAGUGGUACGACCCAAACUACACACUGUACAGGAGCAAGUGGUACGACCCAAACCACACACUGUACUGGAGCAAGUGGUACGACCCAAACUAUACACUGUACAGGAGCAAGUGGUACGACCCAAACUACACACUAUACAGGAGCAAGUGGUACGACCCAAACCACACACUGUACUGGAGCAAGUGGUACGACCCAAACCACACACUGUACAGGAGCAAGUGGUACGACCCAAACUACACACUACAGGAGCAAGUGGUACGACCCAAACUACACACUGUACAGGAGCAAGUGGUACGACCCAAACCACACACUGUACAGGAGCAAGUGGUACGACCCAAACUACACACUAUACAGGAGCAAGUGGUACGACCCAAACCACACACUGUACUGGAGCAAGUGGUACGACCCAAACCACACACUGUACAGGAGCAAGUGGUACGACCCAAACCACACACUACAGGAGCAAGUGGUACGACCCAAACUACACACUGUACAGGAGCAAGUGGUACGACCCAAACCACACACUGUACAGGAGCAAGUGGUACGACCCAAAAUACACACUACAGGAGCAAGUGGUACGACCCAAACUACACACUGUACAGGAGCAAGUGGUACGACCCAAACCACACACUGUACUGGAGCAAGUGGUACGACCCAAACCACACACUGUACUGGAGUAAGUGGUACGACCCAAACUACACACUGUACAGGAGCAAGUGGUACGACCCAAACUACACACUACAGGAGCAAGUGGUACGACCCAAACUACACACUGUACAGGAGCAAGUGGUACGACCCAAACCACACACUGUACUGGAGCAAGUGGUACGACCCAAACUACACACUGUACAGGAGCAAGUGGUACGACCCAAACCACACACUGUACAGGAGCAAGUGGUACGACCCAAAAUACACACUACAGGAGCAAGUGGUACGACCCAAACUACACACUGUACUGGAGUAAGUGGUACGACCCAAACUACACACUGUACAGGAGCAAGUGGUACGACCCAAACUACACACUACAGGAGCAAGUGGUACGACCCAAACCACACACUGUACUGGAGCAAGUGGUACGACCCAAACCACACACUGUACAGGAGCAAGUGGUACGACCCAAACUACACACUGUACAGGAGCAAGUGGUACGACCCAAACCACACACUGUACUGGAGUAAGUGGUACGACCCAAACUACACACUGUACAGGAGCAAGUGGUACGACCCAAACCACACACUGUACUGGAGUAAGUGGUACGACCCAAACUACACACUGUACAGGAGCAAGUGGUACGACCCAAACUACACACUACAGGAGCAAGUGGUACGACCCAAACCACACACUGUACUGGAGCAAGUGGUACGACCCAAACCACACACUGUACAGGAGCAAGUGGUACGACCCAAACUUACACACUGUACAGGAGCAAGUGGUACGACCCAAACUACACACUGUACAGGAGCAAGUGGUACGACCCAAACCACACACUGUACUGGAGUAAGUGGUACGACCCAAACUACACACUGUACAGGAGCAAGUGGUACGACCCAAACUACACACUACAGGAGCAAGUGGUACGACCCAAACUACACACUGUACAGGAGCAAGUGGUACGACCCAAACCACACACUGUACUGGAGCAAGUGGUACGACCCAAACCACACACUGUACUGGAGCAAGUGGUACGACCCAAACCACACACUGUACAGGAGCAAGUGGUACGACCCAAACUACACACUGUACAGGAGCAAGUGGUACGACCCAAACCACACACUGUACUGGAGCAAGUGGUACGACCCAAACUAUACACUGUACAGGAGCAAGUGGUACGACCCAAACCACACACUGUACUGGAGCAAGUGGUACGACCCAAACCACACACUGUACAGGAGCAAGUGGUACGACCCAAACUACACACUGUACAGGAGCAAGUGGUACGACCCAAACCACACACUGUACUGGAGCAAGUGGUACGACCCAAACUAUACACUGUACAGGAGCAAGUGGUACGACCCAAACUACACACUAUACAGGAGCAAGUGGUACGACCCAAACCACACACUGUACUGGAGCAAGUGGUACGACCCAAACUACACACUGUACAGGAGCAAGUGGUACGACCCAAACCACACACUGUACUGGAGCAAGUGGUACGACCCAAACCACACACUGUACUGGAGCAAGUGGUACGACCCAAACCACACACUGUACAGGAGCAAGUGGUACGACCCAAACCACACACUGUACAGGAGCAAGUGGUACGACCCAAACUACACACUGUACAGGAGCAAGUGGUACGACCCAAACCACACACUGUACAGGAACAAGUGGUACGACCCAAACCACACACUGUACUGGAGCAAGUGGUACGACCCAAACCACACACUGUACAGGAGCAAGUGGUACGACCCAAACUACACACUGUACAGGAGCAAGUGGUACGACCCAAACUACACAUGGUCUCCGUCUGCUGCUCUAACCCUCCACAUGCAGCAGGAUCAGGAGGCGCAGCAGGAGGCGCAGCAGGAGGCGCAGCAGGAGGCGCAGCAGGAGGCGCAGCAGGCGGACGCAGCAGACCAGUCCUUCCUCGUUUCUCUUCCCGGUCAAACUCUGUCCGACAAACUCUACAACACCUGGAUCCGGCUGCAGACUCUGGUCAACAUCGUGUUCGACAGCGACAUGGACAAGAUGAUGGCGGAGAAGUACCCAGGGAUCAAGCAGAUUCUGGAGAAAAAGGACGGUCUGUUCAGGAAGCACAUGAUGGGGAAGAGAGUGGACUUCGCCGCUCGGUCCGUCAUCUGCCCGGACAUGUACAUCGGCACGCACGAGAUCGGGAUCCCCAUGGUCUUUGCCACGAAGCUGACGUACCCUCAGCCUGUGACUCCGUGGAACGUGAAAGAGCUGCGGCAGGCGGUUCUGAACGGCCCCAACGUCCACCCGGGCGCCGCCAUGGUCAUCACCGAAGACGGCAGGAAAACUAUACUGUCUCCGUCCAACUUCAGCCAGAGAGAAGCCGUGGCCAAACAGCUGCUGACGCCGUGCCCCGGGCCACACACCAUGCCCAUGAAGAUCGUGAAUCGUCACAUAAAGAACGGAGACGUGUUGCUAUUGAACCGACAACCCACUCUCCACAGACCCUCCAUACAGGCCCACAGCGCUCGCAUCCUGCCAGGAGAGAAGGUCUUGAGACUGCACUAUGCCAACUGUAAAGCCUACAACGCAGACUUUGAUGGAGACGAGAUGAACGCUCACUUCCCUCAGAGCGAACUGGGCCGAGCCGAGGCCUACACUCUGGUCGGCACCAACCAGCAGUACCUGGUCCCCAAGGACGGGAAGCCUCUGGCCGGUCUGAUCCAGGACCACAUGGUGUCCGGGACGCGGAUGACCAUCAGAGGCUGUUUCUUCAGCAGGGACCAGUACACGGAGCUGGUCUACAGAGGCCUCACCGACAAACGGGGGAGAGUGAAGCUUCUCCCUCCGGCCAUCAUCAAACCUCACCCUCUGUGGACGGGAAAGCAGGUGGUGUCUACGCUGCUGCUGAAUGUUAUUCCAAAGACGGCUGUUCCUCUGAACCUGGUCGGAAAAUCCAAGAUCCCGAGCAAAGCCUGGAUCCAGAACCCUCCACGGUCCUGCCCCGGGUACCGACCAGACACCAUGUGCGACUCACAGGUGUUGAUCCGUGAGGGGGAGCUGCUGGUGGGGGUCCUGGACAAGGCUCAUUACGGGUCCUCAGCCUACGGCCUGGUCCACUGCUGUUACGAGCUCUACGGAGGAGAGACCAGCGGGACCCUGCUGAGCUGCCUGGCCCGGCUCUUCACGGCCUACCUGCAGCUGUACCGCGGCUUCACCCUGGGCGUAGAGGAUAUUUUGGUGAAGCCGGGCGCCAACAAGCAGCGGAAAAAGAUCAUCAAGAACUCGCUCAAGAUUGGGACAAAAGCGCUCCAGGCGGCGUUCAACCUGCCGUCUGACGUGGAUCCUGCCGAGGCCCGGAGCCGGUGGCAGGACGCCCACCUCACACCGGACCAGAGGGACUUCAGUUUGGCCGACCACAAGUUUAAGGAAGUGGCCAACCAGGUCAACAACGAGAUCAACAAGGUCUGCAUGCCGAUGGGUCUCCACAGGUCUUUCCCCGACAACAACCUGCAGCUCAUGGUCCAGUCCGGCGCCAAAGGGUCCACGGUCAACACGAUGCAGAUUUCCUGUCUGUUGGGUCAGAUCGAGCUGGAGGGUCGGCGCCCGCCCCUGAUGCCUUCUGGGAAAUCUCUGCCCUGUUUCCAGCCGUACGAUCCUUCGCCCGGAGCCGGAGGGUUCGUGUCCGGAAGGUUCCUCACUGGGAUCAAACCACAGGAGUUCUUCUUCCAUUGUAUGGCCGGGAGAGAGGGUCUGGUGGACACGGCUGUGAAAACCUCCAGAUCUGGAUACUUGCAGCGAUGUGUGAUCAAGCACCUGGAGGGCCUGGUGGUGCAGUACGACCUCACGGUGAGAGACAGCGAUGGUUCCGUGGUGCAGUUUCUUUACGGAGAGGACGGACUCGACGUUCCCAAAACACAGUUCCUGGUUCCCCGACAGUUCCCCUUCGUCGAGGAGAACUACGAGGUCAUAAGGAAAUCCCAGGGUCUUGAUGAAAUCCUGUCCGGGUUGGAUCCUGAAGCUGCCAGGAAGCACUUUACUGCGAUUCAGAGAUGGAAAGAUAAACGCUCCGCUGCAGAUCCACGACAAGGUGCAUUUCUUUUGUACUCACAGAAGAAAUUGGCUAAAAUCAAAGCGUCGUCGACAGAUGGAGUGAGCGUCAACAGCAGAGAAACCCCCACUUUAGAGCUGAUCGAUCAGUGGCGAGCUCUGCCGGACCAGAGUAGAUCCAAAUACACAAAGAGACAGUUCCGUUGUCCGGAGCCGGCGCUGGGUCUGCUCCGACCCGACGUCAACUUUGGAUCCGUGUCGGAAAACUUCCACGACAUCACAGAGAAAUACCUGAGCAGCUGCAGCCUGGACCAGGACCGACAGGACAGUCUCCGUCGGCUGCUGCAGUACAAAUGGCAGCGGUCUCUGUGUGACCCUGGAGAGGCCGUGGGGCUGUUGGCGGCUCAGUCCAUCGGAGAACCCUCCACUCAGAUGACCCUCAACACCUUCCACUUCGCUGGUCGCGGAGAGAUGAACGUCACGCUGGGAAUACCGCGACUGAGGGAGAUCCUGAUGGUGGCCAGCUCCAACAUUAAGACCCCCAUGAUGAGUGUCCCGGUCCUGGGCACAAAGAAAGCUCUGAGGAAAGCAAAGAUUCUGAGGAAGAUGCUCACACGCGUCUGUCUGUCUGAGAUUCUCCAACGGGACAAAGGAAAAUGA